GGGAGUUUUGUAAAUAAACGAAGUUUGAUUUUCGACAAGAGCUUAUUUUAUUUUGUUUCGAGUUUCAGUAUUAUAAUCGUUUUUUUAUAAAAAGCUGGAAAUAUAAUAAAAACGAUUUAUCACUCUAAUUCGAUUAAUCGACAAGAAUAUAAACUGGCAAAUGUUAAAUAAUGAGCGGUUUAUUCGGAACGACCGGAAAUUUUGGUACUAGUAGUGGCAGCGUGUUCGGAUCCACCCAGAAUGCCACGCACAACCCGAUGAAAGACUAUGAGGUGGUGUCGCCACCUGAUGAUUCCGUCAGUUGCCUGGCCUUUAGUCCGGUUUCCGUGACUCAGAAUUUCCUCAUUGCAGGAAGUUGGGACAAUCAGUUGAGAUGCUGGGAAGUAGAAAACUCUGGCCGGACAAUUCCUAAAGCGCAACAGACACACCAAGGACCCAUACUGGAUGUCGCCUGGAGUGACGAUGGUUCGAAAGUGUUUUCAGCAUCUUGUGACAAGACCGUCAAGAUGUGGGAUUUAAACACCAAUCAGGCCAUACCGGUUGCUCAGCAUGAUGCUCCGAUCAAGACUGUCCACUGGAUCAAGGCUUCCAAUUACACCUGCAUCAUGACCGGAAGUUGGGAUAAAACAUUAAAGUUUUGGGAUACCAGAACACCGAAUCCUCUUUUGACUAUAAAUUUGCCAGAAAGGUGUUAUUGUGCAGAUGUGGUGUAUCCUAUGGCCGUCGUCGGAACGGCGGGAAGAGGAAUAAUCAUCUAUCAGCUGGAAGGACAACCGCAGGAAUUUAGAAAAAUCGAAUCGCCACUAAAAUAUCAGCAUCGAUGCGUUUCUAUUUUUACCGACAAGAAAACACCAGGACCGGGCGGAUUUGCUCUGGGAAGUGUGGAAGGUAGAGUAGCGAUACAAUACGUCUCUCCUCAGAAUCCGAAAGACAAUUUCACAUUCAAAUGUCACCGAUCCAACGGAACCGCAAACGGUUACCAAGACAUUUAUGCAGUAAAUGACAUAGCUUUUCAUCCCGUGCAUGGAACUCUGGCCACUGUCGGUUCAGACGGACGGUUCAGCUUUUGGGACAAAGACGCACGCACGAAAUUAAAGACGUCCGAACUAAUGGAACAGCCCAUCAGCAGAUGUUGUUUCAAUGCCAGGGGCGAAAUAUUUGCCUAUUCCAUUAGUUACGACUGGUCAAAAGGACACGAAUAUUAUAAUCCACAGAAGAAGAACUAUAUUUUCCUACAUCCCUGUUUUGAAGAAUUAAAACCAAGAAGCAAAAAGUAAUAAUCCUUAAAAUUGUUUGAGCAUGUAAAAUAUUUGUUUUAAUAAAGUAUCUC